AUGUCCCAGAGGCAAAUUUUACCAAACGAGGAGUCGUACCUGAAAUCAGGUCGACCCUCGAGAAUUUUCAAAACAAGUUUCGCGAACCCCAAUCUUGAACGGCUUUACCGAGCUUCGUCACUUCAACAACGACGAGGUGGACUUCAUUGUUUUCUUAUAUCAGCUAUUCUUUAUGACAUGUACAUGUUAAUAUCGCCGGAUGUCGAAGUAACGACUAAAGGAAUAUUCGCAGUAUUUUUGGGUCUAAACCUGGGAUUACUAGCUCUCGCUGAACGUGGCACCCGAGCUAGAGAUAAGCUUUGGACUACAAUGCCACACUUGGCUUGGCAAUUAUCUACGGCUCAAAUAUUAAUACACUUGUUUCUUAAAAACAAUGCUGUCACACCGAGAGAUAGCUUUGGAUGGUUACUCUUACUUCUUUAUCUUCUUUUUGCUACUCUACCACUUAGACUGCUCCAUGUCGCGUUACUCGUAUUUGGUACAGCCUCAACUUAUAUCGUUGCCGUGAUUGGACUGGCUAAAAUUCCUUCGCAAACCCCAAUUGAAGUUUUGAUAAUAACAGUGACACUGUCAGCUGGAGCAGCGAUUCUCGGUGCAUCAAGUUACUCGUUGGCAGAAUUCCAACAACGUCGAGCAUUCUUAGAGACCCGCCAAAGUUUGCAGGUUCAGCUGGUAAUCGAGGAGCAAAGUGCCGAGCAAGAACGAUUACUUUUAAGUGUACUACCGGAACACGUGGCUGUAAAAAUGCGUCAAGAUUUGGGAGCAUCAUUUGACACCCAGUUCAAAAAAAUUUACAUGUCAAGGCAUGAAAAUGUUUCGAUACUCUACGCUGAUAUUGUUGGAUUUACGGCUAUUUCAUCAACAUACAGCGCAAGUGAACUCGUUAAAAUUUUAAAUGAGCUUUUUGCUCGUUUUGAUCAAUUAAGCGAACGGUACGAGCAAUUGCGAAUUAAAAUUCUGGGUGAUUGUUACUAUUGUAUCAGUGGUGCUCCAGUUGAGCGACAAGACCAUGCAAUUUUGAGUGUACACAUGGGCUUAUCAAUGGUAGAAGCAAUAAAAUAUGUUCAGGCGACGACGAAAAGUCCUGUAGACAUGAGAGUUGGUAUCCACACAGGAGCUGUACUCGCUGGUGUCCUUGGUCAGAGGCAGUGGCAAUUUGAUGUUUACAGCAAGGACGUCGAGCUCGCUAAUAAAAUGGAGAGCAGUGGAAUGGCUGGGCGUGUUCAUAUUUCAAACGCAACAUUAAAUUUCUUGAAUGAUGAAUUUCAAGUCGAACCAGCGUAUGGGGAAAAACGUGAAGAAGCUUUAGCUAAAGCUGGAAUAGUGACAUAUUUUAUAGUUAAGACAUUAAAACCAUUUAAACCAGCAAUUACAAAAAGUUUAGCAUCCCUUGAUGAUGCUGAAAAUAAUACACAAAGAAUGAUGAGUCACGGCGAUAUAAAGAGUAAUAAUAAUAAUGUUAAUGUUAAAGAGGAUUCUGAGGAUUUCCGUGAACGAUUACGCCAAGAACUCGGCAACAGAGAUGGGGGAGCUGAAUUGAAAGGACACGCCUCUUGGUUAACAUUACAUUUUAUAGAUCCGAACGUCGAGUCUGCGUUUCAUUGUAGUGGAGAGGCCUUCUCACCUCUUUCCCUCUUGGGUGGUCCUUUGGUGCUGGUAUGCUCCGUGCCAAUAUGGAGAUUACAACCUUGGGGCCUUUUUACCUGGGGUGGUGCAGGUGUUGUCACUCUUUUUGGAGUUGUUCUUGCUGGUGCAACAUGCCUAAGUAGUGCUGUUCGAGCACGAUGGCUUAGACGAACUCUUGCCCUACUUAUGAUUUUCUCUCUCAGUGUUUUUCUACUACUAGAUAUGGUGAACUGUGCAAUAAUUGAAGAUGUUGAUCCACCAGCAUCUACUAACGCAUCCUUAAAUUGGACUCCACGUUGUCCUUAUCCAUCGUAUUAUUCUUACGUUGGAGUUCUUUCAUUAAUCGUUCUUUCUAUGCCAACAUACAUCAGUUACCUAGGCAAAUCAGUAUUAAUGUUUAUACUCGCUGGUGCACAAUGCGCGAUGAACAUUCUCAUGCUUGGACACUGUCUUGAUCGUGAAGAUACUGCUUCAACUUUGCCACCACCUGAUCAGCCAGUUGCUUAUCCACUCAAGUAUUCACUGUCUGCAACACUGCUUACUGUUGCUUCAACACUUGUCGUCGUUGCAAGAUAUGCCGAGAAAGCUCGUAGAAUAUUAUAUCUACGAGGCAGAGAAGUAGUAGCCCAGAGAGAGCGUGCAUCGGACAUGAAGAGAAGAAACGGUGCAUUGAUUUAUAAUAUCCUACCACCUCAUGUGGCAGCAUACUUUUUAUCAACAACUCGAUAUCACGACGAUCUUUACAGUCAAAGUUACGCUGAAAUAGGAGUACUUUUUGCGAGUAUGCCGAACUUUGCUGACUUCUACAGCGAAGAAAGUAUUAACAACCAAGGACUCGAGUGUUUGAGGUUUCUCAACGAAGUUAUAUCUGACUUUGAUGCGAUUCUAGAUAGAAGUGAGUUCAAGUGCAUCAUUAAGAUAAAAACUAUUGGCUCGACUUAUAUGGCAGCUUCAGGAAUUUCCGAAUGCACAGAUUCUGAAGAGGGACCUAGAUGGGGGCAUUUAUCAACUCUCGUUGGAUUUGCCUUAGAACUUAAGAAAGCUCUCUCAAGCCUUAAUGAACAAAGCUUUAAUCACUUUGUCCUAAAAAUGGGUAUCAACCAUGGACCAGUUACGGCUGGUGUUAUUGGCGCUAGAAAACCACACUAUGAUAUUUGGGGGAAUACUGUUAACGUUGCUUCAAGAAUGGAAAGUACCGGCAAAGUUGGUCAUAUUCAAGUAACUGAUGAAACAAGACAAAUUUUAGAACCAUUUGGAUACGGCUUUAUUCAAAGAGGAAUGAUUUUUGUCAAGGGAAAAGGUCAAUUACUGACGCAUUAUUUGGUGUCUAAGGAUGGAGUUAAUCUCGAGCUUGACAGUGACUUACCAGUAGUGCCAGCGCACCCAAUUAUUUACCAAUAA